UUGGACGGCGCAUACAUAGCUAAAAACGAAGUACAGUGCAACGCCAUAAUUCACUAAUACAUCAUAAAUCGUUGAAAGUACCCGCGUUAUAACGACCAAGAGAAAUCUAACAAAUCAAGCGCCCCUUAGCACUUAACUGUAAGACUGCAACUCUCUAAAACAACCUAAAUGAGCUCUUACUUUGUAAACUCGUUCUCGGGGCGCUAUCCAAAUGGCCCCGACUAUCAGCUGCUAAAUUAUGGAGCCAGCAGCGGCGCAAUGAACGGCGGGACGUACAGGGACUCGUCCUCCGCCACAAUGCACCAUGCUACGGGCUCUUAUGGCUACAGCUACAAUGGCAUGGACCUGACCGUCACCAACCGGGGAGGGGGGAGCGGCGGCGCCGCCAACACUGGAGGACACUUCGGGGGCGGCUCAGUCGUCGGGGACUCCCGGGGCUUCGGCUCCCCGGCCCCGGAGAGGAGCUUCAGACAGCCGUCCAGCUGCUCCCUUGCCUCCGCGGCAGACUCCCUCCUGUCACCCGGUGGUGGAGACAACAAACUUGGCGCCCAGAGCUCGUCUCCCCGCUCGGAGCAACCAGGAAGCGGUAAUCUCAGCUCUCCAAACCUGUCCUCCAACUCCUCCGGUGGCGGCGGCGGCGGAGGCGGCGGCGGCGGCGGCGGCGGCGGCGGCGGCGGCACAGUGCAGCGCUUCACGGAGCUGGACGACGCGUCGCCAGAGACCGAUGAGUUGUUGCACCACAAACAGGACGCUGGCCGCGGCGGCAACCCGCCCUCCAGGACCGGACACCCGCAGCCUGCAGAGCAGAAGCAGGAGGGCGGCGCGGCGGGAUCAGCCGCCUGCAGCACGGCGGGCAGCGAGGCUCAGACACCACAGAUAUUCCCCUGGAUGAGAAAGCUGCACAUUAGCCAUGAUAUGACGGGCCCCGACGGGAAACGGGCACGGACGGCGUACACCCGCUACCAGACGCUCGAGCUGGAGAAGGAGUUCCACUUCAACCGGUACCUCACGCGGCGGCGGCGGAUCGAGAUCGCGCACGCGCUCUGCCUGACAGAGCGGCAGAUCAAGAUCUGGUUCCAGAACCGGAGGAUGAAGUGGAAGAAGGACAACAAACUGAAAAACAUGAGCCUCACCGCCGCCGGCAGCGCCUUCCAACCCUGAAGAAAAUUAACCCUUCAAAAUAAAAAGAAAAAAAAAAGAAAGAUCCAUCUCUUUGAAAAGGUUACUACCGUGCACAGACUUCCCGGGAGGGAAAUAAGAGACAAAAAAAUGAAGAAAAACACAGAAAACAACAGAAGCCAGUGAAGAAGAGAGUGGAAUAAAAGAAGAAGACGUGAUGAAUAUGUCUAUCACACAGAUUCCAGAUCUAGAUUUCAAAAACACUUCCUUUCAUCUACCGAGUACUGUUCAACAGCGCAGCACUUUUUAUUUGUUGGUCUUUGGUGUUUAAGGGCAAUGUAAAAAAAAAAAAUGACUGUGGUACUUUGCUCUUCUAAAAAAAAGAAACUUAGUGUUCCUGUAUGUUCUCGUCGUUUUUAAAUAGCUGUGUGGAGGAAAGGAGUCGAGGAUGAAUAUGCUACCUAACAUUUCUACCUAUACGUCCUACCUUACAACCUUAUGGCUACCUGUUGUUCAAGGUCUGAAUAUUGUUUGUGUGUCAAAGUGCGAUGUUUUGUAAUUGACAAAGUGCUUUCGAGAAAAGUUAGCAUGUGAGCUCUUAUUCUAAGUUAUUUACUGCAAAUUACACGUGUAUAGUCCAUGAGUCCCCCGCUGCCUCCCCUACCUCCCCCUUCCUCCCUCUCUGUCAGUUACCUUUCAUUCAAAUACUGCUACAAUUUUAAAUGAGGAAGCAGGGGAAGGUGCGAGUGUGUGUGUGUAAAAACAAAUCAGGCCUUCCUACAUCUCCGUAUCCAUCCAUAAUGUUGUGUAUAACUCUAUUAUUCAAAAAAUGUAACUGCAUAUUAUUGUUAUUAUUAUUAUUGUAGGCUAAUUAUUGGAUUCAUGUUCCAGAAGGGAUGUAUAUAGAUAUUGGCAUUUCUAAAUGUACCCAGUUCACUGUGUGUAGUUGCAGUGUGAAUGUGUGUGUGUGUGUGUGAAUGUGAGUGUGAGCGUGUGUGCGCGCAUGUAAGGGGAAUGGCUACCGUCCUGUGAGCUUUCUGCCAAUUAGCUUUUUGUAUUUGUUUGUAACUUGGAGUAAAACAGACAAUAACUAAAUAAAUAAAAAUAAAAAUAAAAAUCAAGUUCCUUAUACUGGACUUAAGCAGCUGCACAUGUUGUAGCUACCAACCUGCCGCAGAAAUGGCUGAGCAGGGUCUGGAAACCAUGACAGUCAUACGGACCAAAAGCUUUAGAAACCCUCCACAGAAAACUGCUUUAGACACAUAAAUGAGAGCUGUUUGUGCCAGGUGCCGUUAUCAAUUUAUUGCCAACCAUAUCUCAUAUGCAAAUCUGUGUCUGAUGGAAUCAGCUUAUAGCAUUAUAGUUGUGAUCUGCCACAUUCUGAUCUCAGUGUCUGAGUAAAGCCUGAGAAAAGGUGCAAGUUAGUGCGUAAAGCCGUAACUGACCAUUCCGAGUCCACAGGCCUACACCUCUGUGCGCCUCCUGCACAUUUUUUGCGCAAUUUGAGCUAAAUCUGAUGUAAAUGGACCUCAAACGAACUGCCAUUUUCCAGUUCUACAAAAUUAUUCAAGCUUGAGAAAGGGUAAAGAGGCGUCACACCAAACACCCGUCCGCAGGCCUGUCCUCUAUUUUCCAGGCCUCACUUGAGCCCUGAACGCCACAUUUCCAUGAUGAC